CUGCACCCGGGCAGCCCCAGAGCUCUGCCAUGGGGAGGGGGCUCAGGGGCAGUGGAGAGGGAGGAUUCCCAUCCCUGUGGUCCAGGCAGAAACACUGCUCUGGGCCAGCUGUGCCCGGACAGUGGGAGCCCAGGGUGUCCCACUGUGCUCCUUGUCACCACCCGAAGUCAAUUCACCCAUUGCUGGAGGCACUUUCAGCCCAGAGUGUCCCCUGCCCUCCCCUCUCUCCAUACCAGGUCCAUGCAGCCAUUCUGUGCCUGUUCCCAGGCUGUUCAUCAUCUUGACAGAAGCCAAAUUGCCACCAAUUCAGGCAAAAUUCAAGGUAAGAAACCAGCAAACCCCACUUUGCUGAACUCAGAGCUUCCCAGCUGAGCCCCCAAGGAGUGGGGGACUGCUGGAGAGGGCAGUGCACGGGGGUGGGCUGCCCUGAGCCCCCUCCAGGGCACAUCACUGCCUUUUCCAGAGCUUUCUGCUGCCAAAAAGCAGCAGCAGGACAUUUUUCCCACCCCAGGGCCCCCAGGCUGAGCACUCUGGAGGGCUGGGGUCCAUGGUGGCAACUUGCACCAGUGGCAGGUGUAGAUGUGUCAUUCCCCUUUGCAGCAUCCCACAGUGUUCCUCUGCAGGAGAAGCUCCUGGCUCGGUAGGAUGGUGGUGUCCUGGCACACGUUGGUUUGGAUGGAUGUGGCCUUCAGGAACCAUUUGGUCAGUUCAGCAUCCCUCUGGGAAUGGAGCAGCAGCCCAGUACCACCAUCAGCUCCCUGUGCACCGGCUGGGGUGCAGGAAGGACCCCGUGCCCACUCCCUCUGCAGCGAAGGACAGCACCUGCCAUGGACCACCCAGCCCCUCGUCCCUGGGGGGACCCUGCUGCCAUCAAGAAAGACAAGCGCGACACUUCCAACUUCGACAAAGAGUUCACCCGGCAGCCGGUGGAGCUCACGCCCACGGAUAAACUCUUCAUCAUGAACUUGGACCAGAACGAGUUUGCUGGAUUCUCCUACACUAACCCCGAGUUUGUCAUUAACGUGUAGUCGCGGUGCCAGCCCUCUCCUCGCUGUCCCAACUCCAGGUCGCCUUGUACAUACCGACACUAGUCUUCCGGGAUUAGCAGUGCAGACACACAUUCCCUCCCGCCACACACGCCGACCGCUUCUCCUAGGAGGCCUCUCCAUGUCCGUGCCACUCGCUAGCUUGGUUUCCCUAGCCGGAGGUGUCCGGGGUGCCAGUUACCGAUCAGUGAUACUUCUAGGAACUAUAGUUGGUGGUGACUAAUAGAGUUUUCAAACAGAAACAUACCAAAUUGCUACAGUCUCUGUAAUUUUUGCAGUGGAAUGCUGAGAUCCCAGUGACCCAGCUACUCCCAAAGCGUUGCUGUGGAAUGCUAAGCAUGGUUGAUCGCUUAAAGCGUUGUGCUGAAGCUUGCAAUGAGUGUGAGCUUGUCUUAGAGGAGCCUUUUGUUCAAGACAUGGAUACAUUUGAUCAGUGUGGAAAAAUCUGCUUAUAGACCUAUAUUUUUCAAUGCAUUGUCUAUAGGGUCAGCCCGGCUCUCUGGAGUGUCCUCCCCACCAUCCGCCUUCCCCGUGCUCGGGCAUUACGACUCCAAACCAAUCCCAUGCCAGUUCUUGUAAAUCAGAGCAAAUCUUUUUCUAAGUGAAAGGUGGGGGUUUUUUUGUAACAUCUGGAACAGUUUGCAGUUUUGAUACGCUCUGUCAGCACUCGCAUAAAUCUUUCGCAGACACUGUCGAGAUGUAACAGCUCUGUAAAGGAUAUUAAUAUUCUACCAAAACAGAACACAUUUAUAUUCUCGGUUUACAAUUUACCAACUGAAAACACGCCCAAGACCAAAGGGCUGCACUGAGGGCUAUUUAUAACAGAAACUUUUCUACUUUACACCCUCUGCUAUUCUCUUCCAGGCUCCAAACCCAUGGAUUUCACAGGCAUCUUGAUUUCCCUGAUUUCCACCAAAAUUCCUGGGGGUUUUAGUCAGUAAUCCAGGACCUUCUGCAUCAUUAAAAAAAAAAAAAAUGAAUGAGAAGAGACAAUUUUGUAGCUGUUCAUGAGGCAGAGCCGUGG